CUGAAAUUCCAUUUUCCACAGAUUGUAGUUCGUGAUAUACGUUAUGAGCUACUCCUAUACAAUGCGCACGCGCCCUUCAAAUAUCGGAUGUUGCCCGUUCCUCGACCUCUCGACCGCUCGACCUCAAGUUCGGUUCAUCGCGAACCGCACGGUCUUUUGGCAGCUAGGAUCGCCGGUCUGAUAUUCCAAUCAUGGUCCGUAUACCUAGGCGCACACAUAGUGUGUCGGGUCCACCGACUGUACAUUGUAUGUGGAAGGAUGUUGCUUGUUGCUGUAAUAUGGUCAAGAUUCAUCAAUUCCACUCAUCAAUGAUGGCCCUUCGCAGGAAUCCAGAGCGCAAAUGCAGGGAGUGGUCUCUCAAUAGCCGAAUCGAGAGUAUCAAUUCGAUUGCUUCGUCUCCCUCCAGACAGCGUACGGCCGAUCAUCGAUUUUCGUAUGCUCCUAUCCCACCUCGUAUUGGUGAUCGUCAGUCAAGCCAGAGAGUUCCUACUCAACCAUUUCGGUUUUUCGACUUACCUAGGGAGGUGCGAGAUCACGUUUAUUCAUAUUUGGUUAUCCGACGCGGCAAAUCAGUUCCCAUUCUUGAGGCAAAAUCAAUUCUCCGCGGACAGAAGAAGCGAGUGACAUCCCAACGCACUCGAGAGAGGUUGAAUCUGAAAAGGAUCCAAAGUGGACGUCGACCACUUGCUCCCAGAGAACCGGCAUCAGAGCCCGUUGUCCACCUCAACCUUUUACAGACAUCACGUCUGCUCCAUUUCGAAGCUAGCGACUACCUCUACCAAAACUGGUUCGCAAUAUCCCUGGACAACUUCCCCAUCACCACAAUAGACACGCCCUACGGAUGGAACCUUGGCCGAAUCAGCAAAAUGCAGCUCGAACUACAACUCAAAGACGUCGAAAGGAUGAACAGCUACGUCGACUGGUCGACCUUCUUCGCCAACUUUCCUUCCCUCAGACUUCUUCGUAUCAUCCCGACCUUCCACCCGAGAUAUUACGACUGGGCGCGCACCGAGCUGCGAACCUGGCACGACGCACACUUCGUCUUUCGUGCUUUCUUCCGCGAGCUGAUGGCUUCAAUUCCACCCAACAUACACCUCAAGCUGGGCCCAUCGCUAGAUCCGGAAGACGAUAUGCAAUUGGAAGGUCGGGCACCCAUUCCGCAGAUUGUCUUGCAGCAGAUGUGCUGCGAUAUAGGGGUGAGGGUACCCAGUGGGCGGGGCAUUGAAGAGAGACACCUUGCAGUGGGCAGGGUCAUAGACGUCCACGGACAAGGACACCCAUAGGGGAUUGCGAACUUCCUGUUACCAUAAUACUCAGCACGAAUAUUUUCCAAUUUUAAUUAUAUCUAAGACAUCUAUAAGAAUUGUAUUAUUGUCUUCUUCCCGGGGCGUUCGUUGGUGGUGGAACGUCUGCAUAUGAGAGGGGCUUUCAGAUCAUUACGUCUUGAAAUCUGCCGUCAGCCGAUAGUUGUAUGCCUAUGUUUAGCAAUUGUACAAGUUAUGAAC